UGCUCUGUCGCUUGUCGUUGGAGAAUGAGAUAACCAUGUUGCGAUUCAAAAAGCAUCCUACAACAGAAAAGGACUCGAACGAUUCCUCCCCCUCCGAUCGUCCGCAGAGAGAUCGAGACGAUGAGAAACGCAGUCGUGACAAGGAUCGAUAUCAACGCGAGGAUGAAAGACGUGGUAAUUCGUACCGUUCCUCUCGUCGUUCGCGAUCACGAUCACCACGGCGUGAUCGGUCUCCUCGUCGCGAUCGAUCCCCUCGAAGAGAUUCUGAUCGUCGAUCACGAAGACGUUCACGUUCACCAUCGCGCGAAAGGAGACGACGAUCGCCACACAGUCCGCCACCGGCAGCAAAGAAAAAGCCAGAAUUGCCCAAAAGGAUUCUCAAACCACAACCUUCCUAUAAUCUUAUCGAGGUCGAAGUGAAUGAUCGACUGGGAAAGAAGGCAAGAGUGAAAUGCAGCCCAAAGGACACCAUUGGAGAUUUCAAGAAACUUUGUGCCGCCCAAAUUGGUACUGAUCCCCAUAAAAUUGUGCUAAAGAAAUGGUACAAGGAAUAUAAAGAUCAUAUUACGCUUGAAGAUUAUGAGAUAAGCAACGGCAUGAACAUUGAACUCUAUUAUCGAUAGUUAUAUAUUGCGCCAUUCGUAACAAAUUUGCCGCUUAUGGACAUUUUUUUUUCAUUUCAUUUGGUUGCUAAAAAGAUUGACAUGGUGAAUAAAGAUGAUGACGAUCAUUCAAGAAUGUGGAAGCCUCCACUGCCAC